AUGAUGGAAGCAAACAGGACGCAGGUGACUGAGUUUGCUCUCACUGGGUUUACAGAUCGUCCAGAGCUGCAGGUACCCCUGUUCCUGCUGUUCUUGGUCAUCUACCUCACCACCAUGGUGGGCAACCUCGGACUGACUGUUCUCAUCUGGAAGGACCUCCACCUUCACACCUCCAUGUACUUCCUCCUUGGCAGUUUGGCCCUUGCAGACGCUUGUUCUUCAUCCUCUGUGACCCCCAGGAUGCUUGUCAGCAUCUUAGACAAUAGUCAAAUGAUAUCCCUUUUUGAGUGCAUGGCCCAAUAUUAUUUUUUUGGUUUCAGUGCAACUACAGAAUGUUUCCUCCUGGUAGUGAUGGCCUAUGACCGUUAUGUAGCCAUAUGCAACCCCUUGCUCUACCCGGUGGUGAUGUCCAACAGACUCUGCACUUGGAUGAUAAGCAUGUCUUAUGUAAUUGGUUUUCUGCAUCCCAUAAUUCAUGUGGGAUUAUUAUUUAGAUUAACCUUCUGCAGGUCCAAUAUAAUUCAUCAUUUCUAUUGUGAAAUCUUGUCACUAUAUACAAUUUCUUGCACUGACCCAUCUCUUAAUGCACUGGUGGUUUUCAUUUUUGCUGCUUUUAUACAAGCUUUUACUUUUACGACCAUCAUUGUCUCUUACACCUGUGUCCUCUUCGCCAUCCUGAAAAAGAAGUCUGAAAAGGACAGGAGCAAAGCCUUCUCCACGUGCAGCGCCCACCUGCUCUCCGUCUCCUUGUUCUAUGGCACUCUCUUCUUCAUGUAUGUGCGUCCUGGGUCUGGCCCAGAUCAGUAUCAGGAUAAAAUGUAUUCACUGUUCUACACAAUUAUAAUCCCUCUGCUAAACCCUUUCAUUUACAGCCUAAGAAACAAGGAAGUUUUAGGCGCACUGAGAAAAGUGAUA